AUGAAAGCACUCGUCUACCGCGGCAAGAACACCAUCAAGCUCGAAGACAAGCCGAAGCCAGAAAUCGAGGACCCCACCGAUGCAAUUGUCAAGAUCGUGCACACCACCAUCUGCGGCUCUGACCUGCACAUUCUCCAAGGCCAUGUACCCACGUGCAAGGAGGGUGUGACCAUUGGCCAUGAAGGUGUCGGCGUGAUCGACCAAGCUGGCGACGCCGUCAGAGGCUUCAAGAAAGGCGACAAAGUCUUGAUCUCGUGCAUUACCAGCUGUGCGUCGUGCCCGAUGUGCAAGAAGGGAAUGUAUAGCCAUUGCGAGAAGGGCGGCGGGUGGAUUCUGGGUCAUACUGUGGACGGCACGCAGGCGGAGUAUGUGAGAAUCAAGCUUGCGGAUGCAAGCUUGCAUCUUGUGCCAGAGGGCGUUGACGAGAAGGCGUUGGUCGGAGUCCUGGCGGGUGAUGUCACGCCGGGCAAGUCAGUGGUCGUCGUCGGGACUGGCCCAGUCGGUCUAGCCGCAAUUCUGACAGCGAAGCUCCUAUCCCCAUCCAUCCUCAUCGCCGUCGACAAGGACGUCGGUCGACUCGAAGCUGCCCAGAAGAUGGGCGCGUCCCACAAAAUCAAUGCCGACGAGGACGUGAAAGCCAAAGUAAUGGAGUUGACAGACGGUCGUGGUUGCGACGUGGUGAUCGAGGCCGUUGGCGUGCCUGCCUCCUUCGAGCUCUGCCAGGACCUGGUCGCUUUCGGUGGAAAUAUCGCAAAUAUCGGAGUCCAUGGGGCGCCUUGCAAGCUUCAUAUUGACAAGUUGUGGGGUUACAACAUCGCAAUCACGAUGGGCUUCGUCAACACCACGUCGACGGCCUCCUUGAUGAAGAUGUUUGCGGCAGGCACGCUGGACCUGAAGCAGCUGAUUACUCACGAAUUCAACCUUCAGAAAGACGGAGAGCAGGCGUAUGCCACGUUUGGUGCGGCAGCACAGCAUAAGGCGCUGAAAAUGAUCAUGAAUACUUCCUGA